GGCGGCUCCAGGUGCGGCCGCCGGCCCUCAGCGCAGGGCCAGGGGCCAGGCGGGCAGCCAGCGCCGACGGCCGCGGCGACGCUAUGGCCGCGUCCCAGCUGUGCUGCCUGGACGAGGCGCACGUGAACGAGAAGGUGACCGAGGCGCAGGCCGCCUUCUAUUACUGCGAGCGGCGACGGGCAGCGCUGGAGGCUCUGCUGCGCGACGGCGAGCCGGCCUACCGCGAGCGGGUCCAGAAGGAGCGGCUGCGGAACUUCCUCUCCAGCCAGGAGCGCCAGGCCCUCCGCGCCGCCUGGAGCCCCUACGAGGACGCCACCCUUGUCGCGCGGGGCAAGAGCAAAGCCAAGUCCAAGGGCCCCGCGCCCGCCCCUGCCCAGCCCGCCGAGUCGCUGGCCUACUGGCCAGACCGCUCCGACACCGAGGUGCCCCCGCUGGACCUGGGCUGGACGGAUAAUGGUUUCUUCCGCGGCGUGAGCCGCGUCACCCUCUUCACCCAUCCCCCCAAGGAAGAGAAGGCACCACACCUCAAGCAGGUGGUCAGGCAGAUGAUCCAACAGGCCCACAAGGUCAUUGCUCUGGUCAUGGACCUCUUUACUGAUGGUGAUAUUUUCCAAGACAUUGUGGAUGCUGCCUAUAAGCGCAGGGUCCCAGUGUACAUCAUUCUGGAUGAGGCAGCAGUAAAGUAUUUUCUGGAGAUGUGCCAGGGCCUGGAGCUCACUGACUUCCGGAUUCGGAACAUCCGAGUCCGCUCCGCGACAGGUGUUGGCUUCUACACGCCCAUGGGGAAGAUCAAGGGGACUCUGUCGUCAAGGUUUCUGAUGGUGGAUGGUGACAAAGUAGCCACUGGCUCCUACAGGUUCACCUGGAGUUCCUCUUACGUGGAUAGGAACCUUCUGCUCCUCCUGACAGGGCAGUAUGUAGAGACCUUCGACGUGGAGUUCAGGGAGCUGUAUGCCAUCUCCGAGGAGGUGAACUUGAUCCAGCAGCUGGGCCUGGGAGGAGCCGCAGCCAGACUUGCCCCCAACUACUCCUCCACCGUGGCCCGUAAGCUGAUCAACCCCAAGUACGCUCUGGUGGCUGGCAGCCGCCACCCUCCGGGGGAGAUGAUGCGCCGGGCUGCCCCGGAGCAGCGGGACCCAGGUGGCAGCCCAGAGGGGCAAGAGGAGGGCAGCCAAGGUGGCGAGUCAGCCCGGCGCCUGGAGAGCUUCCUGAAUGACCUGGUCACAAAGGAGCAACUGCUGCCCCCCAUAGAGCCCAUUCCCUUGAGAGAGCUGAGCCGGAAGGAUGGCAAGAUGGUCUCUCACGUGCACACAGACCUGAGGGUGAAGGCCCAAGAGACCUCUGCCCUAAAUGGCAAGGGGGAAACUGCCAACGGGGAGGCCAACGCAGUCAAGGAGAGCAAGCACUUCAGCAGGUUCUUCAGCCGACGGACCAAGAGGCCUCCAGCGUGUAACAGCAUGGCCAGCUCCCUCUCCACCGAAACAGUGACCGACAGGGACUUUCUGGUGGAGAAGAAGCCCAGUGAGGGUUCCAGUGCCAACAUCUCAGGUAAAACAAGUCCCAGUCCUGGCAAGUCCAGCAACUGUGUAAUCUCCUGAGCCACAGGAACCUGUAGAUGGCCACCUGUCCUGUCCUGCACUGUGAAGAGCCCAGGACUCACUCUGCAAUAGUUUGCACAUUGGACACCAACCAGCCUCGGGGCCCGAACCCCAGACGAGAGGCUGGGGCAUCUCAAAACCAUCGCGUGCUUCCCUAGACUGCCAAAGACCAGGCAGAUGUCACUGCCACCUUGUUUACACGAUGCAGAAGCUUGACUAAUGUCCUCUCCUUUAUGCUAACUCUCUCCUGCUGGGUCAGCCCCAGAGCUGCAGGUCCCCAGGUGGGACAAAGGCCACCAUGACUUAUUCCUUAGUGCAAUGAGGUCUGCAGGGCAGCCCCAGCCAUGUGGCCUCCUCUUUCCUGGGCUUCCUGCUCUCUUCUCAUCCCCCCGAGAGGGUGGAAAGAGGUAAAGGGAGGGACCCUGAAGCCAGGGAUCCCAACUUCUAGUUUCACUCCAGCCACAGGACUCAAAGUGGAAGCUGCCUCAGGACUGCCAGGGCACCAGCUGCUGUGACCUACCUGGCCCAGUCCACACAGGUUCUUGUGCCAGACUGAAUGGAAUGGGGGAAGGAUUUGACAUUGCCAGUUUGCAAGCCUCUAUGAGAUUCUUAGGGUGCCCUUCUCUGGCCUGCACAUCCCCUCAGUAAGACCUUGAGUUUGUAGCCUAAUGAAAGGAGACAAGGUAGGAAUGGGGGGGCUGCUGGGUGUCAAGGACAAGAGUGUCUCCCCUGACACACCUCCCUGAGGCUUCUUGAGGAUUAAACACUUCCGGAAAACACUUCUUUACAUACCAAGAUGGCAUGGCGAGUCCUUGUUCAAGAAAGGAAGGGUGGGAGGGGUGACAUGGGAGGUGGACUGUUACACCACAGCCCCCAGUAGCACCCUGAAGAUAUGGGACACAAGGUCCCUGAAUUAUAGUAAAGAAAUCACCCUUGGAGUAGAGGUUGACACGUUGGCCUUGGAAAGAGGCCGUUCUGCUGAGGCCUCGUACUCCCAAGGGACAGAACCUGGCCUUCUAUAUCCCUCUCUCCCCACAACCAAGUCCAGCCCCCAAAUCUAGGAGGACCCCAGUGGAAGUUUCCAGUCACUGCACCUUUAAGCUAGGCCCUGCUUUCUGCCUCAGUUCUCUGUGAACCAAGAUGAGGUUAUUCUCAAUUUCUGUAGCAAUAAAGAGGAAACCACACCAAAGAGAAACCAACUCAGGUUGGGCAGAGUGCUGGCUUACAGGGAGGGCACCUUUCCUCUGCAGCUGCUGCUUCAUCCUCAAAGAGGCUGGUCUCUGCCCCCUCCAGCUCUGAAAUCCUUGCGAAAGAGACCACAAUGCAAAGAUUGCCGAGGGCCUCAUUCUAACAUGCAGCUCUGAACUUUUCCUUGGCAGCUUAAACUCCAGUCCACUGUUCUGCACCUUGGCUUCUGUCUCAUAUACUUCCGCCCUGUGUUCCAGCAUUUGCUGGUCACAUCUCGAGGGUAAAUCUGGCCUUUCCACCUGGGUGGCAAGUUCAGGGCAGGAGGGAGCCCUCAGUCACAGUGUCCACAGGCUGGCAGCCUUGGAAGGGCUCUGGAGAGGCAGGAUGAAAGGACACUCGCAGGACCAGCUCUGGCUCUGUGUUCCCAGCCCUGUCCCUUGGGCUGUCACCUUCUUCCUGAGGCCACCCUCAGUGAGCUGAGUUCUCUCUCAUUGCUUCUUACCUGGCCUCUGCCCAUCUAGGCAGGACGUGCAGGACGCUUGUCCGGGGCUGGGGAGCUCGAGGUUUGGCAAAACUGCCUUGUAUCAGCUAUUCUCAGGGUAUGAUUAUGGUCAGCCCUACCCAAUUCCUUCUAAGACAGCCUCUGCCCAGCUUAUUACCGUACGCCUCAACAGAACUUUAUAGACAACAGAGGAAACCUGGAGAUGUGGAGGGAGCUGACCAGAGAAGGGGAUGGGACUCUGUUUUCUCCUGGCAUGCAGAUUUUCCCCCUCAUUUAUUGAGCACCUACUAUAUAGCCAGUGACUCUGCUAGAUGCUUUAGUCAUGUGCAGAUUUCAAACUAUGAACACAGGAAGGCAACUGUUUCCCCAUGUAUUGAGGGUUUGGUUCACAGGAAAUGUUAUCUCCAUUUUUCAGAUGUAGCUCUUCCACAUGCCCUAUCUGAGCUCAGGCUUGCAGCACUAGUGACACAACAGAGUUGCAAAAAUUCUCUUUUGGGGGAGAGGCAGUGGUGUUCCCUGCAGGGUAUUGCUCAGCCUCUGCCUACUGCAUGUCAGCAGUAUCCCUCCAGCUGAGACAAGCAGAAUAUCUCCAAGCAUGAUCAGAUGUGCCCCUAGAUCUGGACAUAAAACACCCUCCAUUUAGGGCCCCUAUUCUCUACUCUGCAGCCCUGGGAGCCACACAGAUGGCUCUUGAGAGUGUUUGCACCUGCUCUGUCUACCCUGCGCAUGUGACAGAGGCUGUGGCCUAGGGAGGCUGGCUGACUUGCUUGAGAUUUUUGUUUCCGGAACAGUGGUGAUAAAGGCAUCUUCCACCUUUGUCCUAGUUACCUUGCUUAGCUCUUUGCUACCUUGUUCUCCCCAGAACAGGUGUGUUUAUGUGCACACAUCUGCCUGAUUCCACUCUUCUCCCUGUCAGGUUUUCUCCCAAUCUGUUCUCCUUCCCUUAGCCCCAGCUACCUCCCACACAGAAGGCACCAUGGGAUGAGCCUGUGUGUGUGUGUUUGACAGCAGCCCCCUCCCAAACAGCCAGGACUGACAGCAAGAAACCUCUACUCAAGUCAGGCCAGUGGGACUUGCCAGCUGGCUGUCACGAUCAUACUGUGAGCAAACAUCAAGGUCCCCUCAGCAGCUACUUAGCCCUGCCAUGAGCCGUGGAUCACAGAACACAUUUAUCAGCUGGCCAUGGGCCACACGCAUGCCCUCCCACUCAAAUGAUCCAGGCACUGUCACUGAUCAUCCCUAUUUCCAUUCCAGAAGCAGGAGAUCUGCUGCAGGACAGCCAGCCCAGGCUUAAGUCUGGAAGAAAGUCAGGUGAGACAGGUACAGAGGACAGAAACAAAUAUGAGAAGGUUCUUAGGCUCAGCAAUUACAAGAUCGGCCCAAAGGCCUUGCAGAGUUGGGCCUGAACUUCCAUACACUCCUACUAUGGAACAAGGAAGGCCCUGCUUGUGGACCCCAUGAGCUGCAGCCUGAAGUCAGAUACCCACUCUUCCUUUGGGCUCAGGAGCCCAGAGACCAGGCUGUCUGAGCACAGGGAUCUUAUCUGCCUGGCUCAUUGUUGCAGCCACAGUAGUUGCUUAAUACCUAUUUGUUAAAUGAUGGAAGACUUGACAGCCACUUGGGUCAGAGAAAUAAAGCUAAUAAAUUGAG